AUGGGUGGUGCUAUGUUGGGAGGUGCUAAAAAUACUGAAUUUGACUUUACACAAUAUGAAUACAUUUGCAGGGGAUCAAAGAUAUUUGGGUCUUUUGUGUCUUUUCUGAAGAGCAAGGAUUCAAAUGAUGGAACAGAGCAAGCUUUGGUUUCUGAAUUGAGUGCUUUGGAUGACCAUCUUAAGGCCCACGGUCCAUAUGUUGCUGGGGAGAAAGUCACUGCUGUUGAUCUGAGUUUGGCACCAAAACUGUACCAUCUAGUGAUAACACUUGGCCACUUCAAGAGUUGGAGUGUUCCUGAAAGUUUGGCACAUGUCCACAACUACACCAAGGUAUGCGGUUGUUUUCUGCGAUGCAUGUACUCUUUUGGAAUUUACUUAGGUGUGUCUUUUGCUUUGCUAUUGAACAGUGACAUUGAUUGGUAUUUGGUGAUGAAAAUUUUCUGUGGUCAAACUUGUCAUCCCAAUAUGCUUAAAAUUUCUUUAAAACGACUCAAGAAGAUCCUCAUCAAUUCGUCUCCAGCAAUGAAAAGUCGAAUGUCCAUUCUUGCCACACAAUUGAGUUUGAUCUUCCCCUCUUUGGCAUUCCAAAAUUUUGGGCAAGAUUUACUUGAAUCGUUUCAAAUUCUCUUUGUUUGUGAAAUUCAAGCCUCUCUUCUUGAUGAAGCAGGAGAGCUUCGAUCUCAAGAACCGUAUAAGGUACUGACUCAUCAUUCCCGUUUUACAAACAUUGCAAAAUUGAAUCUUGAUCUGUUUGACCCUUGCCUUCAUUUGGGAAGUAAAAUACGCUUUCAGUACACUCUAAAUCUGGUAACACCAGGAGCACCCUGCUUCUCGAAUCUUGAAUAA